AGAUGUCACAUGGAUGGUGUGACGUGGAUUCGAACCACAGCAGGAUCAACUGAGCCACACUUUGUUGAGAAGCUCGAACAUAUUUCGCUUCAGCAUGAAGAGCCACUGUUUGUUGGUGCUGGCCGCCAUAUUGGUGACAUUCUCUGUACUAGUCAGGGCACAGAAUGACAGAAGGGCGGAGAUCGCAGAGAAAGAAGCAUUGGCCCGGGACGAUUACAUGAAGCGAGAGAGAGGGAUCGAGGAAAUGAAGGAGUACGAAUACAGGCAGAUGGUCGAUGACAGAAAGAAAGAAAUUGAGAACGAGAGAGCGAGAAAGGAAAAGGUCAUCCGGGAGAGAUACCGUCAAGACGAAGACGAAAUGCUACACGAACAUUUAGAUAACGAAAAAAAGGUAAAGGAAGAGAGAGAUAAAAAGGAAAAAGACGCGCAAGAGUACGAAAAAGCUAUGGAGGAGAUUAAUUAUCUAAAAGCUGACCAAGAAAGGAAAAUGCAAGAAUUUUAUGAUCAGUAUAAUAAGGAUAAGAAGGAUAUUGAGGAUAAGAUAAAGUUAGAACAGGCAGAUGCAGCGAAGAAGACAAAAGAAGCAGAUAAGAAAAAGAGCAAGGUGAAAAUCGCCGCGUUGGAAGAGAAGAAGAAAGCGAUGAUGAAGAAGAUGGAUGAAAAAGAGAAAGAGAUGAGAGAGCAGUAUGCAGCGAGUGAGAGGAAAGCGCAGGAGGCUUAUGAGCAGAGAGAGCAGAAGUUGAGAGAGAAGAAGGAGCAGGAGGAGAGAGACAAGUAUGAGAAGCAGGAGAAGAAGAGCUACCAGAGAAAGGAGACGGAGAUUGAGGAGCUGGAGAGGAGAGUGAAGCAGCUUAAAGUGAUCGCGGAGAAGCUGAACAAGAAUGUCUGUCGUGGGGGAUACUCCACUGGGCAAGUGUGUAAACUGAGUGACUCCGCGUCGAACUUGUUCAAGUGUAUCACUGACUCGUCAUACCGCAAGCGUCAGGCGUCAGAGCCGGCAAUGUUUGAAGAGAUGGUGACUAGACCAGCCGUUGCUGUCGCCGCCUCUGGUAUGAACUUCCUGCUGGGCGCGGACUUCGACCUGAUGGCCGAGGACGUGACAAGGAACAGCCUGACGCUGCAGACGGUCUCAGAAAACUUCCUGGCACCGCUGUCCGUCAGCUCCAGCUUCUUCAGCUGUCCCCUCCCCUACGACUUCAAGCCGGACUACAGCUACGGCAGGUACCAAGAUGACGAGCCCGUCCCACAGUACGGGUACGCUAAACCCGCCUAGCUCUGACGUCAUGAACAGGUGACAAUAUGGAACCGUCAGAUGCCUGGGUUGUAUUUGAUGGAAUGUAUUGCAGAUAAUUUUUAUCUAAUGGUAUUACAAAU